AUGAAUCCACCGAUUAAACGUCGAAAAUUGCCUGGUAAAGUCACAUCCGACAGGAAUAUCGACAUUCUAAAAUUUCCUGAUGAAAUCAUUCUUCAAAUCUUCUCAUUCCUAACUAUCUCAGAAUGCUUAAUUGUUAGAGAGAUUACAACCAGCGAUACCAUUUUGGCUAAACUAAUUGAUGCUAGUAUUUACGGCAGAGUUAUUGUAUACAGAAACCAAACCAGUCGUUCGUUUUUAAAAAACCGGCAUUACAAGAAACCAUACGAAGUGGUCGAUCAAGGAAGGCUUUAUGGAUUAAUAACGAAUAGAAAUUUUAUUCAUGAACAUAUAAAGCCUCAUAGAUUUGUCCUAUCUUUUACAGCUAAUCCUCAUAAUCGGAACCUGGAAGAAGAAGAAUCUUUUUUAAAUGAGUUUGAUAAUGCAUUUCGGCAACAUAAUGAUUAUUUCAGACAAGCUACAAAAUUCGAGUUAUAUAUGGACCUCGGGAACAAAGAUCAUGAAAUAGGUACAGAGAAGCAAGAGGUUCGAUUUCUUCAAAGAUUAUUGGAUUCUGAAGAUUUAUCUCAUAAUUUAUCGACGCUAAACAUAGUGAAAGGGCAAAAUUAUGUCGAUAGGGAAAGGAACGAAAUAAGUGAUUUAUUAAAUUCUACGUUAAAUAGGUUUAAAAGCUUGGAAACUGUUUUCUUAAGCACAAAUAACUUGCAAAAUAUAAAUAGCUUAAGAUACCCAGACUGUCUUAGAUCGUUGGAUUUGAUUUAUAAUAUGAUAGUACAAUUACCUACGGGUAGACUGUGGUUGCCAUCAAAUUUAAAAUACAUAAAUUUAUCGUGCAACGAAAUUGAUUCGUUAGAAGGAGUUGAAUUUCCUGACACGAUUGAAUACAUGGACAUUCAACUAAACUCAAUUACAUCCUUAUCAAAUAUUAAAUUUCCCCAGAACUUAAAGGCUUUAAUAGCUUGUGGGAAUGAAAUUAUUAUUGAAGAAAAUAUAGUAAUAGAAUUACCUUCCUGUUUAGAAAUACUAAAUUUGCUUCAAAAUCCUUUCAAAAAUGAUUUAAGCUCCUUCAACAUCCCAGAUUCAUUACGAAGGAUAUAUUUUGACGCACGUUUAAAAGAGGUUAAUUCUAUUCAUAAAAAUAAUCAUUGUGUUGUUUAUUAUUGA